AUUUAACAUAAGAUUUAACAAAUUACAUUUUUGUCAUUCUAAUAAUAUAAUUAAUUUCUCUGCUUGGUGAAAAAUAUUUUUAUUGAUAGAUAGUUUUAAUGAUCAUGAGAAAUACUAAAUGACAAGUUCAUGGCAAAUAUUCUUGCUGCUUUGUAUUUUAAAAACAGCUUUAAAAAAAGAAACCUUUGUCUUUCUGAAUAUACCAUCGAAGAUUCUGUCUGCUGAUGCCUAAUAUCAGGAUGCUGGUGUUGAAGUUGUUUUCCAUGUCUAACAUGAAUCCCAGCAAACCUAUUACUAAUUUGAGGGAGCCUGCACUGAUGUGCAAAAAUGGAUGUGGCUUUUUUGGGAAUCCUGAAUGGCUUGGUUAUUGUUCAAUAUGUCAUCGUGAAAUGAACCAGAAAGUAAAACCUGAACGAUCUUCCAAAGUUUCAUCUAAAAAAGUGCAGAGAAGCUACAGUGAUGUUCAAGACAGUUCAAUAAGUUUAGGAUUUUCAAAAUUUGAAGAAAAGAAGAAGCAACAGUCUGAAAAAAGAUCUAAAACUAUUAAAAGUAUCAUAAAAAGAGGGCAUACUGCUAAAGAAAGCACAAGUCAGUCUCCAUCCAGGGAUCUGUAUCUAAUUAGUGAAGAUUUACUACAAAAUAAAGAUGUAAAGGAAUCAGUUGCAAAAGAUAUAUCCAAACAAAUCCACAAGACUCUUGAAAUAAUGACCAAGUAUUAUGAUAAAUCAAUUGAUGAACAAUCUGAAGUUGUUCAAGAAUUCUAUAAUUUUAUGUUCAAUCGAUGUGAAACACAUCCAGCAUAUCAAGAUAUGAGUUCAGAGCAAAUUGACCAGUUGAUGGAUAAAAUUGAAGAAGUAUUAAUGAGUCAUUUACAAAAGAAUGUGUCACAUCAAAUUUCCUCUGAAUAUGAAGAAAAAGAUCUUGCCUUGCAAAAACGCAUCAGAAGUCUUCAUUUCAUAACUUCUCAGCAUUUAGGUUUAAAUAUUACAGAAAGUAGUCCUGAGGUUCGGGAUCUUAUUGACAAAGCAAUUGCAGAUAUUAUUCAGUUGGACUCUAAGGUAGCACCCCAGCAAAAAAUCAAAUGUAUUGUUAGCUGUAGUGAAAGUAUUUUUAAUAUCAUUAAGUUGUGUCAAGGAGUUACUGCUAGUGCUGAUGAGUUUUUGCCAGCUCUUGUUUACAUUGUUUUAAAGGCGAAUCCACCUCUUUUACAGUCUAAUAUAAAGUAUAUUACAAGCUUUAGUAUUCCAACAAGGCUUCGAAGUGGUGAAGGAGCAUACUAUUUUACUAAUUUGUGUUGUGCUGUUGCAUUUAUUGAAGACCUAACUGGUGAGUCACUGAAUAUGAAUGAAGAUGAAUUUCAGCGCUAUUUAUCUGGAGAAGUUCCUUUGACUCACUCAGAUCAAAAUGCUUCAGCUUGUGAAGGGCUGCGUGUUAUGACACAAAAUUUGAUCACUCUGAAUGAAAUGCAAGAAAAGAAUACUCAGGUUUUAAGUGACAUGUUUAGUCUACGGGAAGACAUGAUCAAAUUUCAGGAAACCUUACUGAAAUGCAAACCUGUGUCUCCAUUAAUUAUUAAUCCUACUCCAUAUACUGUUCCUAGAAAUACAGAUAUGAGCCUCAUUCCUGAAGUACUUCGAAGCCGUGUUGUUUUUGGUCCCACCGAAGACAUUCUUGUUGACAUAGAAUUUAAAAAUGGCGAUUCAGAAUCCUUGAAUAAAGAAAGAUCCGAAUGCUUAAUGAGUUCUUCCGUUAAUAUGCAAGCAGAUCAAACACAAUCAGAUACUAAAGAUGAUUUAAUGUCUGAUUUAUGCAGUAUUCCAAAUAGCAAUGAGUGUAAUUCAGAUGCUAAAAGUAAUACAAGUACUUUUUCUCCGUUGCAAAAUCUUCAAGUCCUACUGCCUUCUCAAAAGCAUCAAGGUGAUGAAAGUAACAGUUCAUCGGCUGAAAUUUCCACUUCCCAUCAUAAUCCUUAUCCUUUACCUAUUCAUAAUUUUAGUCAGCCUGUUGUAAAUAUUCAAGACUUGCAAUAUCCUACCGAUUUGAUUCCUGAAAUGAAAGAGGAGGAUGAAUCUUCAGAAUUUGGGCCCUUUGAAGGUUGUGAUUUGACAGAGACAAAUACCAAUCAGCUGAUUGAUCCAUUAUUACCUGAAGCUGGUUUCAUGGAAGAAAGCUUGAAUCUACCCCCUCCAUUACAACCUGUUGUAGUUCAGAGUGUAAAUACUGAUAUAGGUAAUAAUAAAAAAUGACUGUAAUUACAAUUGUAUAACUUUUAAAAAAUUUGAAUUUUAUGUUAAAUUUGGAAGUCAUUAUUUUUAGUGAUAAUAUUUAUUUCAUUGUUCCUGUUUAUAAAAUUUCACAUACAUGUAGUUUGUACAAAACACUGGGAAAUUAGUUUACUUGUUUUCUGUGAUUUUAGAUUCCAUAUAAUUCUUGUUUAGUAUGUAUAAUAUAUAAUUGGAAUUUACGGUAGCAGUUUAUUUGUUUUGAAAAAAGAAUCUAUAAUAAAUUGUUUGAUUAUUUAUUUUUGUUUUAGUAAAAAAUAGUUAGUUUUA